AUGAAGCUGCCGCAAUUUUGCAUGAAGUUGAGCGACGCAGUGUAUGGUUAUAUUGAUAGCCAAACCGAGGAGCGGAUCGCCGCGUCGUUUGUCAAGAACGACGCUAUGGACGACCCUGAUGAGAUUGCCCGGGCGACGUUUGAGCCAAGCAGCGCGAGCUAUGGUUCGAGCAGCGACGCAGCUAAACCAGCUGGACGUUCGAUGGCUCUUCCUUCCCACCACAGUAUCAUGCAGAAGAACACGAUCCGGAAGAAGUACCGAGAGAUGGGGCCGAAUCCUGACCUUAAAGCGCUUCACGACUGGGUGGCCAACCACUGUGGCCGCAUCUCUUUGACGGCGCUGAAGGACAUCGUGGAGCCGCCUGAACAAGUCAUUAGCCGUCGAUACGGCCUUUGUGCUCUAAAUGGCACCGCAACCGCCAGCGCAAGCGAGCUAAUGGUGAAUGCUGGUGCAGCAGCUGCCGAAGCCGAAACUCCAGUUGCAUCGGCCUUCGAAAAGGCAGAUGUCGAGGCGAGGGUGAAGUUGGGAUUGGAGAACUCAGACCUUAAGGAAAAAGCGGAGAAUCUUGAUUCAGAGAAGGCGGGCUUCGUAGGGACGGUAGCGGGGUUAGAGGACGAGAAUGCAGUGCUCAAGGAGAAGAUGAUCGCGACACAGAUAACUACGGCGGAACUCAACGUGACUUUGAUGUGA